AAUCGCCGACGAUAGCAUCACCUAACAACACCAUGGCGAUACCUCUAGACCUUUCAGCGGAACUUUCGGCAUAAAAGGAGCUUCUUGCUACCACUCAGUCAUUCAGUCCGACAUCCAUUGAGCAAUCCGAGCCUUUUGUUCUCCAAGAUACCCUUUGGCAAUAUCCCUUUUCGCAAUCUUCACCAUGUCUCCUUCAGCAGUAGAGUCCGUCCAGCAGACGGUUGACGAGAUCAAGACCAAGGUCCUCCCUAUUCAGCAAAAGGCCGCCGCCAUCGAGACCGAUAGUCCUGAGGCGGAAAGUCUUCCCAAGAGAUUCGAGGAUCACAAGGAGCCCCUUGAGCUCAGUGGUGCUCUCGAACAAUUCGAGAACUUUGAGGUCACCCCUGUUAUCGGUCGCGAGUAUGUCAACGUCGAUCUAGUGGAGUGGCUGCGCGCCCCCAACUCUGACAAGCUCCUGAGGGAUCUUGCCAUUACCAUCUCCCAACGCGGUGUUGUCUUCUUCCGCAAGCAGGACAAGCUCACCGACGACCUCCAGAAGGAACUCGUCGACAGACUAGGCAAGCUCGCCGGCAAGCCCGCGACUUCGGGCCUUCACAUCCACCCCAUCAGCAACGCCAGCCGCGAGCAUGGUGUCGAAGAUAACGAGAUCAGCGUCAUCUCCUCCGCGCAAGCCAAGUCGCUGUACAAGGACAAGUACUUGUUCAAGGGUUUCGGUGUCAAUAGCGGCCGCCAGAGCGCCAAGGACCAAUGGCACUCGGAUAUCACCUUUGAGCCCAUUCCCAGCGACUAUGCCCUCCUGAGGCUGGUGCAGCUCCCCAAGACCGGCGGCGACACGCUCUGGGCCUCGGGCUACGAGCUCUACGACCGCAUCUCGCCCACUCUGCGCUCCUUCCUCGACACUCUCACUGCCUACUAUGCCCAGCCCCUGUUCAACGAGGCGGCCAAGCGCAACAACUUUAGCAUAUACAGCGGCGAGCGCGGCGCUCCCGAGAACGUAGGCGAGAUUCUCGAGGCUAUCCACCCCGUCAUCCGUACCAAUCCCGUUACCGGCUGGAGGUCAGUUUAUGCAGUCGGCCACCACUGCCAGCGCAUCCACGGCCUGACCGACGAGGAAAGCAAGCAUUUCCUUAACUGGUUCGUCCAGCUCAUUGUCGAGAACCACGACCUGCAGGUGCGCCUCAAGUGGCAGAACCCCAACGAUGUUGCCAUCUGGGAUAACAGGAGCGUGUACCACGCUGCCACGCCCGACUAUGUCUUUGAGGAAGGUCUCGGUGAGCGCAAGGGCAACAGGGCGGUCAGCCUGGGGGAGAGGCCGUACUUUGAUCCUCAGAGCACCAGCAGGAGGGAGGCGCUCAGUGUCAAGUCGCAUCUUGGGCUGUGAAAAGGUUGAACAUGUCAUUGUCCUCUUUCAUUUUCGGUUCUGUGUAGUUCAUAGCAUUUGAUGAUGUUGCGAUAUCCCGAUAUAAAUCGUACUUGGCAAUCAAUGUUGGUCGUUCCAGUGAUCGUAGAUUUUAUCCGUGUCGUGAUGUAGUCAGUGGCGUUGAGCUCUGAAUGGUAGUCUGGACUUAGUCAGUUGGUGGUUGCCAAGAAGCCAGAAUGAAGAAAAC